AUGCCCCCCACCUCUGCUUCACGACGUCCAAAGGGGAGAGUAGUCGCGCGAGAUGAUGAGAGUGAAGAAGAGGAGCAAACGAAAGUAGUCAAAGCUCCUCUGAAAUCAACAAAGCAAUCCCAAGGUUUGCAUUAAUCCUGCCCUAAACCCUUCAACUCACUAAACUUAAGAACUGCAGGCAAUUUAGCUCGCCCAAAAGUGAAGAAGAGCUCCGGCGUACGGUUAUCCUUCGGCCCCGAUACUUCCACUGCUGGCGAUGAAAAAAGUGAGGUCUUUACUCUCAAAAAGUCGGCCUUAAGCCGGAAGGCGAGCGAGAGAAAUGCCGUCAAGAAAUCGGGUCACUCGGCCGGAGUAAUAGGCAUGGAGCAUCUCAAUCUUACACCCAGUGCUGAUAGACCCACGUACUCGAAGGAAUACCUGGAGGAGCUACGGAGCAAUACACCCGUGAUACCGUUGUCUCAACAUACAGACUUGGAGGUUGAAGAUGUGGAUAUGAAUGUGGUUGCAGCGGAUAUCCCCAAGAAAAACAAGAACACGGCAUUGGCCAGAUACGGAGAAUCGUCGAAACAAGGAACAGUUAUUCCGGAUGAGGGUUGGGUCAGGGCUAUGAAAGCUCGACGAGCGGAAAAGGCUGCUAGGGCCAAGGCUGGAGAUUACAUUUCCCUAAACAUGGGCAGUGAUGAUGGGGAUGGGGAGAUUCUUCUGAAGAGCAAAAAGAAGGAAUCGAGGGUACAGCGGGCAGACGAGAACAUGUACGACGAAGAGGAACUAGAAAAAUUCAUUGAGGACGGCGGAAUAGUGCUGGGCGGCAAAGCCGCGCAACGAGCGCACGAUCGGAAGAGACGGGAGAACAUUCGAGAUGCUAUCAAAGAGGCGGAGGGUGUCCACGACGAUUCGAUGGAUAUGGAUUCAGAUUCUCGGGACAGCUUGGCGGAGGAAUGGGAAAAGGACCAACUCAAGAAGGGAGAUUUCUCGAAUUCUUCGGGCGGUGGGAUAUCCAGGGAUCUUGAGAUGUUAUCCAGACAGCCCCCGCGCGUUACGCCAUUACCCAAUCUUGAUGAUGCACUACAGAGGCUGGAGGAGACACUUGCGGCUAUGGAAUUCAAGAAGGCACAGAAGGUUCGGCAGAUGGAAGCGCUACAGGCCGAGAAGCAAGAAAUAUCAGAGAGGGAGGCCAUGGUCCAGGAAAGACUUCAGAAGGCUAGCGAGGAAUACGAGAAGCUUAGGGGAAGCCUGGAAAUCGGCGGGGGCGGUGGCGGGGCCGGUAUUAUCAGCAGGGGAUUGGAAAGCUUUGGGAAUACGCCGAUCAGAAUUUCUGAAGAGGCCUGA